AUGGGGACAAGCCGUUCAGCCUCUCUACCAACUGAGCUUCUGCUCGAUAUCAUCGACAAGCUUGGCAUUCAAGACCUGUCAGCCUUCAGCAUGGUCUCUCGCAGAAUGCGCAGUCUUUCCGCAAAGUCACUUUCCAAAGUAUGGCUCAUGCUUCCACCCGUUCGGAGCUUCACGUACAGAGCUUCACAAAACCAGACCGCCGUCUCUGUCGAUGCUAUCGAGUACAUUGCCAUCAUGCCAGGCGCAAUCGAUGCAGACUAUAAAGAAGGAGAUCUUGACAAUUCUGAUGUUGGUAACGGGCUCGCUGAGGAUCCCAAUGAGCAUGCCAUCAACAAUAUCAGGCAAUGGCGCGUGCAAGAGGCAGCGAUAGCAAAGACAUUCCGCGUCCCCACCGCGUUAUCGAGCAUCUGCAAGUUCGAAUAUCUUCAAGCACUUUCUCUGUAUGACACAUCGCUCAAGUGGUUCUCAACAAUAGUUGAAGAUACUGCACACCGAAAAUGA